AUGGCCUACCUGAAUUCCACACUAGAGGAGGCAAUCUACAUGAAGCCACCAGAAGGAUCAGGAGUAGCACCCAGUCAGGUGUACAAGGUAGUCAAAGGCUUGUAUGGCCUGAAGAAAUCUGGAUGGGAAUGGAACCUGGAGUUUGAUAAGUCUCUGCAGCACAUUGGUUUCUUUCAGGUAGAAUGUGCCCCCUGCAUCUACACCAAGGGACAUGGUGAGGACCUAGUCAUUGUAGCCAUCUACAUUGAUGACACCCUGGUUAUAGGCCCAAAACUUGAAGCUGUUCUGGGAGUCAAGAAACAGAUUGGUCAAAAGUGGAAGAUGGAAGACAGUGGUGAGGUCACCCACUUGCUCAGCAUCAAGAUCAGCAGGGACCACACAGAGCAUACAAUGACAAUUGGCCAGGCAGGCUACAUUGAUCAAGUCAUAAAGAAACAUCUAGACAAAUGCACAAGACCAGCUGCAGCCCCAAUGCAGGAGAGCCCAGAGGGAACUGCAGUUGCAAGCAAAGCACAGCAAAAGGAGUACCUGAUUAUCAUCAGCAAACUGCUCUGGAUUGCCAACAGUAUGUGA